AUGCCCAGUAAAAAGAAGAAAUAUAACGCCAGAUUCCCUCCGGUAAGUUGAUACUUUGCUUGCUAAGCAGUUAGUUAACCUAGCUUGCUAGCGUUAAUGAUCCAAGUAAAAUGAGCUGGGACUACUAACGGUUUGCUAAGUAGCUUGCUAAUGUUAGCUAGAACAGUACACCCUUGAAUGGAGUUUGGGCUAGGUUGUUAGCUAGUUUAACAAUACAAGAAGACAAAACUACCUAGCUACUUAGUAACUAGCUAGAACUGUAAUGUUCGAUAUGCUAUCUAGAUAAAAUGGUAACUAGUUAGGGAGGGUGGCCUUUAACAUUGCAUUGCUAGCUAGCGUGGUCAUUGUUAUUAGCAAACUUGUCAUCUGUGCUGAGAGACCUAGAUUAAUUAUUGACCAAAAUCAGUAUUACCAUGUUAGGUAGGGAUUUGCAUUAGAAUAAGUGACACAUCUUAUACGGAAAAAGAGGAUGUUGCUAGCUAGUAUAAUGGCUAAGUUGUUAGCAAACCAGUCCACCUACGAAUGUCAUGAUACCUGCUGCCACUACUCACUCAGUCAAUCAAUAAACAUUUAUUUAUGAAGUCCUUUUUACAUCAGCAGUUGUCACAAAGUGCUUAUACAGAAACCGAGCCUAAAACCCCAGAGGGCAAGCAAUGCAGUUUUAGAGUCAGGGUGGCUAGGAAAAACUCCCUAGAGAGGAACCAGGCUCUGAGGGGUGGCCAGUCCUCUUCUGGCUGUGCCAGGUGGAGAUUAUAAGAGUAAAUGGCCACUAAGGCCAGAUCGUUCUUCAAGAUGUUCAAACGUUCAUAGAUGACCAGCAGGGUCAAAUAAUAAUCUCAGUGGUUAUAGAGGGUGCAACAGGUCAGCACCUUAGGAGUAAAUGUCAGUUGGCUUUUCAUAGCCGAGCAUUCAGAGGUCGAGACAGCAGGUGAGGGAGUGAGGUAGCUAGAUGUAGAUGACCUCCUCCCUGUCUUGAGAUGUGAGGUGAGCCAAAACAGACAGGGCUGAAGCUGAAGCCAAGUAGGUGCAUGGUGAUAUGUAGCUAGGUUAACUUGGUAGGAGAAUAACAGGGACAGCUUCAAAAGAAAUAGGUAUGUAGAUAACAUAAUCGUCACCAUAACAAAAAACUAGCUCCCAGUUUGUGUGGUAUUAUUAACUAUCUAUCAAGAUCGUCAUCAUGCUACGCUCUGCAUGACUUCUGCGCAUUACCUAAAUCCUCAGGUGAUUCAAACAGAUGGGAAUAGGCCUAGUUUAGAUAGAUCCUUCGGCAAUGAGUUAAGCCAGCAUUUCCCAAACUCGGUCCUUCGGGACCCCAAGGGGUGCAUGUUUUGGUUUUUGCCCAAACACUACACAGCUGAUAGAAAUGAUCAAAGCUUGAUGAUUAUUUGAAUUGGCUGUGUAGUGCUAGGGCAAAAACCAAAACAUGCACCGCGUUUGGGCAACCCUGAUUAGACUUAUGCAUUACACAUUGAGCCAUUGCUGUCUAUAGCUUAGUUUCCUUGUCAUCUAACUACGGUAAAUGUGCUGUGCAUGUGUGGUUGGUUGAUUGAUCAGUUAGUACAGUCCGCAAUCAUGCAAAUGCUUAAUAGUAGUAGAAUCUUUAAAACACUCUUUCACUGACGUCUUCCCAUUCCUAUUACAGGCGAGGAUUAAGAAGAUUAUGCAGACUGAUGAAGAGAUAGGUAAAGUGGCUGCUGCAGUUCCUGUCAUCAUAUGUAUCCUUCUCUGGCCUGAGAGCUUCACCUGGCUGUAUUUCAUUGCAAGUUCCCAGUAACUGGAUUUCAAAAACAUGUUUAUUUGCCAAUGACAAUAUGGAGAUUUUGCCUAUAGUGUUAAUUGUUUGUGAUUGUGUUGUGCAGUUUGAAUGAAAUUCAUUUGACCCACAGUUUUGAGGGUUUGUUGCCCUAGUAAGAGUCUAGUAUUCAAUCUUGAGUAGUUGUGAAAUAUCUAACUGUUAUUGAAGACAAGAAAACAUGGCCACCUGGUCCUGUCGGCUAGUGGCUACUUUUCCCUUUCCUUAAUUCAACCACCAGCACGAGCUCUGGAGCUGUUCCUGGAGUCUCUCCUGACGAAAGCCUGUCAAGUCACCCAGUCCCGGAACGCAAAAACAAUGACCACGUCACACUUGUAAGUCAUGUAUUCAGUUAUCAGUGUUGGUCACAAAAGCCGAUAGGACUGCAGAUCGUAAUGGUCAGCAUUGUUGACUAUCAGUGCUUUUGGAUCUGGGAAAGUAAUGUUUUAAACAAUGUAUGUCUGUGUGUAGAAAACAGUGCAUUGAGCUGGAGCAGCAAUUUGACUUCCUGAAGGACCUGGUAGCAGCAGUGCCAGACAUGCAGGGUGAGGGAGAGGACAACCACGCAGAGGGAGGGGAAAAAGUUGCACGCAGGUAACGGACACUGAAUGAUACCCACUGUUGACUUGGAUAGGAUACUACUGAAGUACCCUAAAGUUUGGGUCUCUGGAAAAUGUGAAUUAUGCAAUCCUAACUUUGUGUACUUGGUGUCCUCCAGAGGUCGAAAGCCGGGGUCAGGCCGCAAGAACGGAGGAGCUGGCUCCAAGGGAAAGGACAAGAAGCUAUCAGACACAGAGUCGGAGCAAGAGGUCGGUGUUGACCUUUAAUUUGGCGGCCACUAAACAGAACCUUACCUUGGAUGACAGUAACCUUGUAUAGAGGGAAAUGUUAGUUAGUUUGGCUUGGUGGCCAAUUUAAGUUACAUCAAGUGUGAGAGGGAAGAGUAUGGAUUUCAGAGGCUUAUUUAGCUUUUUGUUGCCAUGGGAACAGGAUGACUCUGAGGACAGCGAGACAGAUGGGGAUGAGGAGGACGGUUCUCAGUCAAGCACAAACCUGCAGCCGCAAUCCCGAUUCCACAGGUAAACACUCACACGCACUACCUACCACUCCAGUAUCCUUUUACCUUCUAAAUAUGUUAUUGGCACUGACCCUGGAACUGACCCUGUAUAUAUCUUUAAUUACCCUGUAUAUAGCUUACUGACCCUGUAUAUAGCUUACUGACCCUGUAUAUAGCUUACUGACCCUGGAACUGUCCCUGUAUAUAGCUUACUGACCCUGGAACUGUCCCUGUAUAUAGCUUACUGACCCUGGAACUGUCCCUGUAUAUAGCUUACUGACCCUGGAACUGUCCCUGUAUAUAGCUUACUGACCCUGGAACUGUCCCUGUAUAUAGCUUACUGACCCUGGAACUGUCCCUGUAUAUAGCUUACUGACCCUGGAACUGUCCCUGUAUAUAGCAUACUGACCCUGUAUAUAGCUUACUGACCCUGGAACUGUCCCUGUAUAUAGCUUACUGACCCUGGAACUGUCCCUGUAUUUAGCUUACUGACCCUGGAACUGUCCCUGUAUAUAGCUUACUGACCCUGUAUAUAGCUUACUGACCCUGGAACUGUCCCUGUAUAUAGCUUACUGUCCCUGUAUAUAGCUUACUGACCCUGGAACUGUCCCUGUAUAUAGCUUACUGACCCUGGAACUAACCCUGUAAAUAGCUUACUGACCCCGGAACUAACCCUGUAAAUAGCUUACUGACCCUGUAUAUAGCUUACUGACCCUGGAACAGACCCUGUCUAUAGCUUACUGACCCUGUAUAUAGCUUACUGACCCUGUAUAUAGCUUACUGACCCUGGAACUAACCCUGUAUAUAGCUUACUGACCCUGGAACUAUCCCUGUAUAUAGCUUACUGACCCUGUAUAUAGCUUACUGACCCUGGAACUAACCCUGUAAAUAGCUUACUGACCCUGGAACUGACCCUGUAUAUAGCUUAUGACCUGGAUGACUCUGUAUAUAGCUUACUGACCCUGGAACUGUCCCUGUAUAUAGCUUACUGACCCUGGAACAGACCCUGUAUAUAGCUUACUGACCCUGGAACUGACCCUGUAUAUAGCUUACUGACCCUGGAACAGACCCUGUAUAUAGCUUACUGACCCUGUAUAUAGCUUACUGACCCUGGAACUGUCCCUGUAUAUAGCUUACUGACCCUGGAACUGACCCUGUAUAUAGCUUACUGACCCUGGAACUGACCCUGUAUAUAGCUUACUGACCCUGGAACUAACCCUGUAUAUAGCUUACUGACCCUGGAGACUGUCCUGUAUAUAGCUUACUGACCUGUAUAUAGCUUACUGACCCUGGAAUAGCUGUACCCUGUAUAUAGCUUACUGACCCUGGAAACUGACCCUGGAACGCCCUGUAUAUAGCUUACUGACCCUGGAACUGUCCCUGUAUAUAGCUUACUGACCCUGGAACUAACCUGUAUAUAGCUUGCUGACCCUGGGAACUGUCCUUGUAUAUAGCUUCUGACCUGGACUCCUGUAUAUAGCUUACUGACCCUGACUCCUGUAUAUAGCUCUGACCCUGGAACUGUCCCUGUAUAUAGCUUACUGACCCUGGAACUGUCCCUGUAUAUAGCUUAUGACCCUGAACUGUCCCUGUAUAUAGCUUACUUGACCCUGUAUAUAGUUCCACUGACCUGGAAUGCCCUGUAAACUGACCCUGGAACUGUCCCUGUAUAUAGCUUACUGACCCUGGAACUGUCCCUGUAUAUAGCUUACUGACCCUGGAACUGUCCCUGUAUAUAGCUUACUUAACCUGUAUAUAGCUUACUGACCCUGGAACUGACCCUGGAACUGUCCCUGUAUAUAGCUUACUGACCCUGGAACUGUCCCUGUAUAUAGCUUACUGACCCUGGAACUGCCUGUAUAUAGCUUACUGCCUAACCCUGUAUAUAGCUUACUGACCUGAACUGACCUGGAACUGUCCCUGUAUAUAGCUUACUGACCCUGGAACUGUCCCUGUAUAUAGCUUACUGACCCUGGAACUGACCCGAACUGCUGUAUAUAGCUUACUGACCCUGGAACUGACCCUGUAUAUAGCUUACUGACCCUGGAACUGACCCUGUAUAUAGCUUACUGACCCUGACUGCCGUAUUAGCUUACUGACCCUGGAACUGUCCCUGUAUAUAGCUUACUUAACCUGUAUAUAGCUUACUGACCCUGGAACUGACCCUGGAACUGUCCCUGUAUAUAGCUUACUGACCCUGGAACUGUCCUUGUAUAUAGCUUACUGACCCUGGAACUGUCCCUGUAUAUAGCUUACUGACCCUGGAAACUGUCCCUGUAGUAUAGACUGUACUGCCUGUAUAUAGCUUACUGACCUGGAACUGUCCCUGUAUAUAGCUUACUGACCUGAACUGUCUGUAUAUAGCUUACUGACCCUGGAACUGUCCCUGUAUAUAGCUUACUGACCCUGGAACUGCCCUGUAUAUAGCUUACUGACCCUGGAACUUCCUUGUAUAUAGCUUACUGACCCUGGAACUGUCCCUGUAUAUAGCUUACUGACCCUGGAAUGCCUAUGACCUGGAACUGUCCCUGUAUAUAGCUUACUGACCUGGAACUGUCCUGUAUAUAGUCUGACCUGGACUGCCCUGUAAGUUACUUGACCUGUAUAUAGCUUACUGACCCUGGAACUGUCCCUGUAUAUAGCUUACUGACCUGAACUGUCCUGUAAUAGCUUACGACCUGGAACUUCCUGUAUAUGUACUUACUGGAACUGACCCUGUAUAUAGCUUACUGACCCUGGAACUGUCCUUUUAUAUAGCUUACUGACCUGGAACUGUCCCUGAUAUAGCUUACGACCCGGAACUGCCUGUAUAUAGCUACUGACCCUGGAAUGUCCCUGUAAUGCUUACUGACCUGGUAACUGACCCUGUAUAGCUUACUGACCCUGGAACGUCUGUAUAUAGCAUUACUGACCUGGAACUGUACCUGUGUAUAGCUGCCUGGAAUGACUGGACCCUGAUAUAGCUAAUGACCUCUGGAACUGCCCUGUAUAUAGCUUACUGACCGAACUGUCCUGUAUAUAGUUAUGACCCUGGAACUGCCUGACCCUGGAACUGACCCUGUAUAUAGCUUACCUACUUUGUCAUGUUCGUCUUAUUUCUGUUUCUUGUGUGUUUUUGUUCAACUUUUUGUGCUACUGAUAUUGAUUACUGCAUUGUUGGGAAAGAGCAAGAAAGGCAUUUCACUGUACUAGUGCACGUGACAAUACAAACUUGAAGCACACUGAAGUGAAGCAGAUAUUCGCUUUUCUGGGUGGUGUCCAGUAGAGCAAAAAUCUGUUCAUAAUUGGACAAGUUGAAUGAUUACUUUUCAAUGACAAAACGCUUCAACAAUGUUUCCCACCUCCUGAACACGACUCUUCUCUCUGUUGUGUGCCACAGCCCAGACACCAUACAACCCCAGUAUCUCCACAUGGGCACCACACAGGGGGGUCUGGCCAUGUCCCUGGGCUCCUUUGCCCCCCACCCCUCGCUGAUGGGCACCGCACCCCCGCCACCCCCCUCCAUGCCGCACAAAGAUGACGACGAUGACGAUGAUGAAGAUUAUGACUCUUAG